AACAUGGUAGACAUGAGAUCUUUAUUGCUCAUUGUAGUGCUGGGUGCCAUUGUGUAUGCUGAUGAUGAUGACAAGAUAGUUGGGGGCUAUGAGUGCCAAGCCCACUCCCAACCUUGGCAGGUGUCCCUCAAUUCAGGGUACCACUUCUGCGGUGGAUCACUGAUUAAUAAUGAGUGGGUGCUUUCUGCUGCUCAUUGCUACAGACGUAUCUUUGAAGUUCGACUGGGAGAGCACAAUGUCAUCAUGAAUGAGGGGACAGAGCAGUUCAUCAGCCCAGCCAAAAUACUUCGGCAUCCCCGUUAUAAUGAAAUCAGCUAUGACAAUGACAUUAUGCUUAUCAAGUUAUCAAGACCAGCCCAACUGAAUGGGAAUGUCCAGCCAGUGCCUCUUCCCAAAGCCUGUCCUGCAGUUGGUACGCUGUGCACCGUUUCUGGGUGGGGAGACACACUGAGCUCAGAGAGUGAUGAAAGACUUCGGUGUGUGGAGGUGCCCAUAGUUUCCAUUGUUGAAUGCCAGAACUCCUACCUAGGAAAGAUCACAGACAGCAUGCUUUGUGCUGGGUUCCCAGAAGGAGGAAAGGACUCCUGUCAGAGAGACUCUGGUGGACCUCUGACCUGCAAUGGAGUUCUUUAUGGAGUGGUUUCCUGGGGAUUUCGCUGUGCUGAGAGGAACUUCCCUGGUGUCUAUGCCAAUGUCUGCAAAUUUACUGACUGGAUCCAAAACACCAUGGCUGCUAAUUAAAUGUUCACAGUGAGCAAAGCAAUGAUGUGGCCAAAGAUACUGAAAUAUUUUCAACUCCCAUUUUACUUUGCAAUAAAAGUGAAUAUUCUUUUUUAAAAAUUAUGCUUUUGACACCUCCAAACUAUAAGGAGAAUGUUUUAUUUACUCAGUUUAACUAAAGCUGAGUUACAACAUUAUAUAAAAUUUCCACAUACAGUAAAUAUUUUGCAUUUACAUUUUUCAACAGUCAUAAAA